GGCCCUGUUUGAAUCACAUCCAAAUAGUAAAUCCUCCGCAUUUGGGACUUACACGUAGCCCCGCAAUUCUCUCGGUAAUUCGACAUCAAUGUAUCGAUAAUGAGUAAAUAAGACAACAUUAGAAAGUUCGUCAAAGUCUCCGACAUCACACCACCCGACGGCCGGAAAUCCUUGUCAUCCUUUUCCCACCAUGUCCAAGGACCAACCAGCGGCAUUAUACAGCUAUUCUGGACAACCAGCGAAACAAAUUUAUCUGGCCUACCAGCUGUUUACGACCAUUUUCUUUCGCUUGCCCAUCUGGUUCUUUCUUGCUGUGCCAAAAUCCCUCCGCCCAAGGCCAACAUGGCCGUUGAAGCGCGUCCUAUUUCUUCGACUGUUUCGACAUUUUAUGUAUAUCACUUCUCAGACCGGUCCUAUCUACGUCACUCCAAAUCACCUUGCCAUCACCCCAGGUGUUGGAAUAGAAGGCGUUUGGAUUCCUCCGGCCAACAAAUUCAUGACCAAGAGCUUGAAGUCUAUGGCAGAUGUCUCGAAAGUGUUGCCUACGCGUAUUCCCGGAUACUGGGUCCAUAGAAAGGGAUCCAAUAUUGAGUUUGGUUCCUCGCCUACUGCCGGUGAAAAGGUCGUCUUGUCCUUCCAUGGAGGAGCAUAUAUCCGUUAUUCUGCUCAUCCCGAUGACCCCACUGCUACCAUCGCGAAAGGACUGCUGAAAAACGUCGCAUCAGUACAGCGUCUUUUUUGUGUGGAGUAUCGGUUAUCAAAGACCUCGGCUGGUGCUUUCCCAGCAGCUCUGUUGGAUGCGCUAGCCGCAUAUGUGUAUCUUGUAAAUGAUAUCGGCUUCUUGCCCACAGAUAUCAUCAUCGAGGGUGAUUCCGCUGGCGGGAAUUUAGCUUUGGCAUUGACAAGAUAUCUUGUCGAGUCUCAGAAUAAUGCUGAGGGUUUACCAGUGCCCCCACCGCCAUCUGCGCUGGUUUUGUUCUCGCCGUGGGCAGAUAUAGGCACAUCACACUUCACCCUGGGAUCCAUCGCUGCGAAAAACUCAAUGACAGACUAUAUCGGUGGAAUGGCAGAGUCAGACUAUGCAAGGAAAAUGUUCUGCGGCCAAAACGGUAAAGACGCCAUAUCAGUGAACCCGUACAUGUCACCAGCCUCCAUCGACCCUCGAAUGAAGGUCGACUUCAAGGGAUUCCCGAGGACGUUCAUCGUGGCUGGGGGAGCAGAAGUGUUACUGGGCGUAAUACGGACGCUCAAAGAAAGGAUGGUCAGGGAUCUUGGGGAGAAUAAAAUGGGAUACUACGAGGCUGCCGAAGGCAUACACGACUACGUUGCCUUUACUGAGUGGGAACCUGAGCGGAGGGAAACAUACAAGGCCGUUGCAGAAUGGUUGGCAAACCCAGUCCAAGCACGGCUCUAAGUAGAAAAUACCCCAUACGGGAAUUUGCGAGCA